GAUCCGACAGGCGGCAUGUCCGGCUUGGAUUACCUGGCGGCCGAGUGCCUGGUGUCCAUCUCCAGCGGGGCCCUGAUCCACCCGGCCGCCGCCCCCCAGGACGACUGGACGGCGCGCCCCCACUGCCGCUCGACGGCUCUCCAGUCCGGGCGCCCCGGCGCCGCGCUCUGCCCGUCUCCGCUGCCCGGCGGCUUCGCGGCGUUCCCGGAGGGGCCCCGGCGCGCCCUCGACGGCGCGCCCGGCCCGGCCGCCGCCUCGCCCAGGAGGCACCGGUGCCCCUUCCAGGGCUGCGCCAAAGUCUACGGGAAGUCGUCGCAUCUGAAGGCGCAUCUCCGGACGCACACGGGCGAGCGGCCUUUCCCCUGCAGUUGGCCUGGCUGCCAGAAGAGGUUUGCCCGCUCCGACGAGCUGGCCCGUCACUUCCGCACCCACACCGGGGAGAAGCGCUUCGCCUGCCCGCUCUGUGAGAAGCGUUUCAUGCGCAGCGACCACCUGACCAAGCACGCCCGGCGCCAUCCAGCCUUCCAGCCGGGCAUGGUCCGGCGGCCCAACAGCCACGUCGCAUCCCCCAGUGACUCGGUUGCCAGCAGCCUGGCUGGAAGUCCCGCCCCGGACAGCCCCACCUCUGACAGCCCUGCUCUGUGAGAAGCCGGGCAGCAGGAGCCCGGAUACACCCGGUGCUCCCCGCGCUUCUUGGGAAGGUGCUGUCUUGGACUGUGGAAGACGCCGCAAAGCCGUUCUCCGCAGGAAAGCUUUGCAAACCUGUCUGGAGCGGCCCACAAUUCCUAGAUGCCCCGUGGCUCCGGCGGCCAAGCCCGGUGGAAAUUUCCCAGGUCACGGCAGGAAUUGCGAUAACCAUACCAGCCAGGCCGGAUAUUUCUAAUCCAAGCCCUCUGGAUCCCGCUUUCUCCCUCUGCGUCGGAGGACGGAUUGUGGUCUGGGGCCUUCCCAAGUUGCCUCCACUUCCCGGCGUGAGAGAUGGACUCCCUAGCUCCGCGACUAGCAUUCUGGGAACUCCACCUGCACGUGAUGAUUUUUAACGCGCUGUUUGCUAGCGCUUUCAGCUUUCUACAACUCCCGGACUGGACCAUUCCCU